GUGACGCGGUGAUGGUAAUGUGUAGCGGAAACGACUGCAGCUUUUGUUUUGAUUAGGUAAAUCAUCAGCUAGCAAUCGUUUCUAGACUUGUUCAUAAAGCAUUACGUCACAGUCUGAGGAGACAUGGAGGAGCAGACAGGCUCACCUGGAGGGAACACUGACAACAGCAGCCAGAGAAAUGGAGAUGAGAAGUCCAGACGAGGCAGCUGGACUAAGGGAAGGAAGAGGAAGAAGCCUGUGAAGGACAGCAACGCCCCCAAGGCUCCCCUGACCGGCUAUGUUCGCUUCAUGAAUGACCGCAGGGAACAGCUGAGGGCAGACAGGCCCGAUGUUCCCUUCCCAGAGAUCACGCGGAUGCUGGGCAACGAGUGGAGCAAACUGCCCCCAGAGGACAAGCAGCAUUACUUGGACGAGGCAGAGAGGGAUAAGGAACGCUAUAUGCGGGAGCUGGAGAAAUACCAGAAGACAGAGGCCUACAAGCACUUCACCAGGAAGGUCCAGGAGAACCAGAAGGGCAAGAGGCAUCGUGGAGAUGGUGGUCACCAGGUAGCCAGUGAGUCUCUUCACGAGAAGGACACAGAUGGGAAAGAGCGGUCUGUUUUUGACAUUCCCAUCUUCACUGAGGAGUUUCUCAACCACAGCAAAGCGCGCGAAGCGGAGAUGCGCCAGCUCCGCAAGACUAACAUGGAGUACGAGGAGCGCAACGCCGCCUUGCAGAAGCAUGUGGAGAGCAUGCGCGGCGCCGUGGAGCGUCUGGAGGGCGACGUGAUGCAGGAGAGGGGCCGCAACGGCCUCCUGCAACAGCACCUGGAGACCUUGCGCCAGGCAUUGACCUCCAGUUUCUCCUCAGUGGCUCUGCCUGGCAGUGGGGAGACCCCCACCCUGGACACCAUCGACUCCUACAUGAAGCGGCUCCACGGCCUCAUCCUCGCUAACCCCCAGGAGCACGACCACCUCAUCAGCACGGUCCGGGACGUGGUCAACCGUCUGGACAGGUAAUCUGACAUAUUUGGAUCGUGGGAUAGUUGAUGUGUGCGGGGGCCAAUGCCAACUGAGAACACAAAGCAUUACUCCAUCACUGACACUUCUGGUCCACGAGGAAACAGUCACUCGUUUGCUUUUUUUUAAGCCUUUUAAGAACAUGGUAUAAGUGUUGACUAUUUAUUGUCUUUUUUUACAACGAUUUUUUUAUCUGUCUACAAUUUUUUAAAUAGCUGUAGUUGAUGGUUUUGUAUGACUAUGGAAUCCUAUAUUUGUUCCAUCCAAGUAUAUGACACGAUAA